ACUAUAUAAACUAGUGAUGAUAAACUUUUUAACACUCGGUGUUAUGAAACAUCAAAACUAAACAUCCCGAAAUAUUAAUGAAAUAACGAAAACAAAAAAAUGCAGGUUGUUAAAUGGAUUAUUACUUUAACGGUAAUCCAAGGAGUGUUUUGUCAAGACACUGGUAAUUAUUUGGCAAAUCUGAUAAAUGGAUUUGCAAAUGUUGGAGGGAUGCAGCAAGGCGGACUUUCUAGUGGGAACCUUUUAUCAUUUAUUGGACCUUUUAUAAAGCAGAAUCAGGACAUGUUAGUACAUUAUGCCUCAGACAUAUUAACGGAGGGAUUAGAUGACGCGGCGAGGAACUACACCAGUCCUCUAUGUCUUAAUCACACAGAGCUAUUUAUAGAGGCGCUGCUUCGCAGAGAGAACUGGGCUCUUCGAAUGAUUGACGCAUUUGGAAAGCCAGGAACAGGACUAAUGGAUUAUAACCUGAAUAUGAUGGGUAAUUAUGACGAAUGUAUUGCGAUACAAGCGGACAGGUACACUGAUCCAGAGAAGAAACAAGGACUAGACCAUCCAUAUACUGGAAAAUACUGUACAGGAAAUGUACAGUUGACAUCAGAGGCUGUAACUUUUGCGGGGCCACUUGCGGCUAAAAUUGGAUUGUGUAUACCAGAUUCAUGCUCGAACAGGGACGGUACUGUUCUCAUGAUGACAGUCGCUUCCAAACUGUUUAGAAACAUGACGUUGCCCACUUUAUACAUGACAUGUCAGGAGAAGAGUAUCGAGUUCACAGACAAGGCUCUUAUAGUCUGCAUCGUCGGUGCCGUUUUCGCCGGAAUAAUUUUCCUUGCCACACUUUACGAUGUGAUUAUUCAACACUGUCUCCAGACUAAAUCAAACAAAUCUGAAAAGCAAGCAUGUGAACUUAAAACAGUGAAUGGUAUAGAUAAUAAUGCUUAUACUGUAACAAAAGAAGACUUUGCCAAUGGUGAUAAGACUGCUUUUAAGAGUGGCGAUAUGUCGAAUGGCUUUACGGACUUGGAAAAAGCAAAGGCUGAAAAAAGUGCUCAUGGAAAGCCAUCUUACAAACCAGGUAUUCUCGGAAAGCUUCUACUCUCUUUCUCUGUAUACACAAACGCUCCUAAAAUCCUCAACACGAGUCAACCUAAAGGAACGCUGACAUGUGUGAAUGGGAUUCGCUUCCUAAGUAUGACAUGGGUAAUUCUUGGUCAUACAUAUGGGUUUGGAGCACAAUCAAUAGCUAACUCGGCAAGGUAUUUCCCAGAGCUGUUGAAACGAUUUACAUUCCAGGCUGUUAUGAACGCGACCGUGUCGGUUGACACGUUUUUCGUUCUCAGUGGCCUGUUGGUAUCUUACCUAUCAUUAAAGGAAUUGAAAAAAAGAGGAGGGGCAUUGAAGUUUAAUUGGCUACUCUUUUACUUCCAUAGAUACUGGAGGCUGACACCACCAUACAUGUUACUACUGAUGCUGUAUGUUCCAACGUUCAAAUACUGGUCAAGCGGACCUGUUUGGCCACAGCAAGGAAUUGACGUUGAUGAAUGCAAAGACACAUGGUGGACCAAUUUACUGUACAUCAAUAAUAUCUACAAGUCGGACAGACAAUGUAUGGGAUGGAGCUGGUACCUGGCCAAUGAUAUGCAAUUUUAUGUGCUGAGUCCUCUUAUGCUGGUUCCACUAUUCUACUCCCCUGUUGCCGGAAGUAUCGCUUGCUUGGGAUUUUUAUUGAUAAGCUUCAUCAGUGCUGGAGUCAUAUCCAGUCAAAAUGAGUUUUCAUCAAACAUUAUGUUUAAUAAAGAUACCUUGGCUGGUAUGGAUAAAUUGUAUUUCAAGCCCUGGAAUCGUAUAGGACCCUAUGUUAUUGGAUUUGCAUUGGGAUAUAUUUUGUAUAGAACGGAAUGCAAGGUGAAAAUGUCGAAGCUUGCAAACAUGGUAGGAUGGCUUAUAGCAACAGCUAUGGCGGUCAGUGUGCUAUAUGGACUGUACACACCAGACGGAACUCCACCAGACCUUUCAAAUAGCGUGUCUGCCCUAUACAAUGCUACAUCUAGAACUGCCUGGGGUAUAAGUGUUGCGUGGGUGAUUUUUGCAUGCGCUACUGGUUAUGGAGGACCUGUAAACAAGUUGCUGUCGUGGGAAGGGAUAAUUCCUUUCAGUCGUCUCACUUAUUGCGCUUAUCUUGUCCAUCCAAUAGUGAUUUACGUGCAUUUAGCCAGUAGAAGAGCUUAUGCGUUCUGGUAUGACCUAGAAGUGAUUUAUGUCUUCCUGGGGCAUCUCUGUAUAUCUUAUGCUGCAGCGUUUGUGGUAUCUCUGGCGUUUGAAUCACCCAUGAUGGGACUAGAAAAAGUGCUGCUGGGGAGGAAGAAAAAUAGCUAGUCUGACUAUAAUUUGUAUUGUGACGCCUUUAAAAUGUCAAUUAUAUCUUCUUCUGAACCUUUAUUUUGCCUAUAACAACAUUUACUAUUCUGCCAUCUCAGAAUUUAGUGCAGUUGUUUUAUACUGUAUGAAGUCAAAUAUGAAUUUUUAAAUAUUUGUGAUGUUUCUUAAAAUUGAUAUUUUAGAACAAUUCUGUUAUAUAUUGACUGCAAUUUGAGGAAAACGUUAGAAGGACAAGCACACUGGCGCAGAUGUUUUUAUAUUGAGCAGUCCCUUUAGUUGUCAAUUUUAGAAUAAAAGUUUAUUAAGAGCCUAUUAUUCAUCAGAAAUCCAUUCCUUUUUUGUUUCAAAAGAUUCAAACAAGUUGCUCAUUGGCAAAUUACUGUCAGUUCUUUUCUGUUGCUUUUAUAAUUAUUAUAUUUAUAGUGAUUUAGUAUUUUGUAAGGAAAUCAAAAUUCUACUUUGUUUACAUUUUUCUUCUUUUAAGACAUAUUAUUUCUUAUUCAGCUCUAUUUUCCUCAGGUCAUUAACGACUAACAGGCUGUUACACCUUUAUUCAAAGAUUAUAAAACUCAUGUAUGACCUGUCUAAAAUAGUGAAUAUAUAUUCUAAAACUCAUGUUAGACCUCUCUAAAGAAGUGAAUAUAUAUUCUAAAACUAAUGAUUGACCCGUCUUAAGAAGUGAAUAUAUAUUCCAAAACUCAUGUUUGACCUUUCUAAAGAAAUGAAUAUACAUUCAUUUCUAACGCAUAAUGUGCUAUUAGAUAUUUGAAGACACAGUUUUCACACAUGAUAAAAUUUUAACAUUUAUAAUUAUAAAGACCACAAACACGAUAAAAAUUUUAAGGUUUAUAGAUUUAUACUAUGGGUACAACAUUUUUACAAUAGAUACCACACAAGACCUUUCAUACUUGUCUUCUUACCAUAAUAAAAUGUGCAUGUAAUAAAUACUUCUUUCACUGUU